GGGGAAAUCGGAAAGCGGAGGGUAGCUGUGGGGGGCGGGCGCUCUGGACCUGCGGAUGCUCAGGCUGCUGUCUGCUCCGCCCGAAGCGCGGAGGAGCCGAGCCGGGGCCCGCCGCCUUCCUCCUUCAUGAGGCCCGAGUGAGGCGCAGCGGCAAGAGCCGGCCCGCGGCGCCUCCCCCCGCGCCCUCUUCCGAGCGCAGCGGCAGCGGCUCCGGAAGGAGGAGGAGGAGCAUGUCGGACGGUUUCGAUCGGGCCCCAGGUGCUGGUCGGGGCCGGAGCCGGGGCCUGGGCCGCGGAGGGGGCGGGCCUGAGGGCGGCAGUUUCCCGAACGGAACGGGGCCUGCAGAGGGGCCGCGGCACCAGCCGCCGCCGCCGCCGCAACCCAAAGCCCCGGGCUUCCUGCAGCCGCCGCCGCUGCGCCAGCCCAGGACGGCUCCGCCGCCUGGGGCCCAGUGCGAGGUCCCCGCCGGCCCCCUGCGGCCUCCCCGACCGGGGGCGCUCCCAGAACAAGCGAGGCCCCUAAGAGCUCCACCUAGUUCACAGGAUAAAAUUCCACAGCCGAACUCAGAGUCAGCAAUGGCCAAACCCCAAGUGGUGGUAGCUCCUGUGUUAAUGUCCAAGCUGUCUGUGAAUGCCCCGGAAUUUUACCCAUCAGGUUAUUCUAAUUAUACCGAAUCCUAUGAGGAUGGUUGUGAAGAUUACCCCACUUUAUCAGAAUAUGUUCAGGACUUUUUGAAUCAUCUUACAGAGCAACCUGGCAGUUUUGAAACUGAAAUUGAACAGUUUGCAGAGACCCUUAAUGGCUGGGUUACAACAGAUGAUGCUUUGCAAGACCUUGUGGAACUCAUCUAUCAACAGGCCACGUCUAUCCCAAACUUCUCUUACAUGGGAGCUCGCCUGUGUAACUACCUGUCUCAUCAUCUGACAAUUAAUCCACAGAGUGGCAAUUUCCGCCAGUUGCUACUUCAAAGAUGUCGGACUGAAUAUGAAGUUAAAGAUCAAGCUGCAAAAGGUGAUGAAGCAACUCGAAAACGAUUUCAUGCAUUUGUACUCUUUCUGGGAGAGCUUUAUCUUAACCUGGAGAUCAAGGGAACAAAUGGACAGGUUACAAGAGCAGAUAUUCUUCAGGUUGGCCUUCGGGAGUUGCUGAAUGCCCUCUUUUCCAACCCUGUGGAUGACAACUUAAUUUGUGCAGUAAAAUUACUGAAAUUGACAGGGUCAGUUUUGGAAGAUGCCUGGAAGGAAAAAGGAAAGACUGAUAUGGAAGAAAUUAUUCAGAGAAUUGAAAAUGUUGUCCUAGAUGCAAAUUGCAGCAGAGAUGUAAAACAGAUGCUCUUGAAGCUUGUAGAACUGCGGUCGAGUAACUGGGGUAGAGUCCAUGUAACCUCCACCUACAGAGAAGCAACACCUGAAAAUGAUCCUAAUUAUUUUAUGAAUGAACCCACAUUUUAUACAUCUGAUGGUGUUCCUUUCACUGCAGCUGAUCCAGAUUACCAAGAGAAAUAUCAAGAGUUACUUGAAAGAGAAGACUUUUUUCCAGAUUAUGAAGAAAAUGGAACAGAUUUAUCGGGGGCUGGUGAUCCAUACUUGGAUGAUAUUGAUGAUGAGAUGGACCCAGAAAUAGAAGAAGCUUAUGAAAAGUUUUGUUUAGAAUCAGAGCGUAAGAGAAAACAGUAAAGUUAAAUUUCAGCAUACCAGUUUUAUAAAGCAGUUUAGGUAUGGUGAUCUAGCAGAACACAGGAAGCAAGAAAAUGUGUCUCACUUAGACCAAAUUAAAGAUACUGAGUUAUGUUACUAAUGUAUGCAACUUUAAUUUUGUUUAACACUAUCUGCCAAAAUAAACUUUAUUCCCUAUAACUUAAAAUGUGUAUAUAUAUAUAAUAGUUUAUUAUGUACAGUUAAUUCCACUGUUUUGGCUGCAAUAAAAUCGAUUUUGAAAUAAAUGAAAUGUUGAAAGUAAAUUUUGCUAGAUGAUUAGAAACUUAUCCUUUAAGUUUUACUUUUCUUGGGGAAACAAGUGGUAGCUUGGGAAUAAAUAUGACUGCACAAAUGUAGCAUCCUUUUUUAGAUAUGAGUAUUAACUUUUCAUUUUAGCUUGACAUUUAGUGUCUCAAGGAAAUUUCAGAUAUGAAUCACAAUCAUGAAAAUCUUUAGCACUAAAGUCUUGGACUGUGACAUUAACAACAUAUGUUAUAUAUGCAGAUACUAUUUGAUACCAAGGGCUUUUAUAAUGUCAUUAAAAGACAGACAGAUUUGGAGAACUCCCAGCAAAACAACUAAGACUCUUCUCUGAGGAUUUAUUCCAAUUCUAGGAUUGUUCUUUCAGUUCCUUAUAUGCCUUUUUUUUUUUUUUUUCCACCUGACUAACUUCAUUGUGCUAAGGCCUAAAACAUACUGCAUUAUUUAUAAGGCUUUCUCAUUUUUACUUUGUAGCAUAAGUUGAAUUGACUUUUUUAGAAAAUUUUACUAGAUCUUUGUCACUCAACUUUUCAUCUGCUUUAUAAUUGAUACACCGUGAGGAUCACUUUUCUAAUACUUUUACUAUAAUGUGGCACCCCUGCCCUAUUUAAGUAAUAUUUUUACCUAAUGUCAAAAUCUUUUUCCAACUAACUAAAAGUAAAACUUAUAUGAAAAAGGACUGCUGUAAAUAUGCAUGUAAAUAGUUCUGUUAAUAAGCCACUGUUUUACAUUUGGUAUGUCUAUGUCUGCUCAUAUAGUUAGCUUUCUUACUUUCCUGCUUGUUUUUCCAGUCUGAAUUAAAAGUAGACUUUGAAAAUAAAAUUUCAAUAGUUUUGUUUCCUCUAA